CCUGCCCUUGACAGUGGCUGUGUCGAGUUUGUGUGCAGUGUUCCCUCCAGGAGGCAGAGACUGUUACAAUAACCAAGGAGAGUGACAGUACCUGAAACUUCUGGCUAUUGUAUAAGAUCAGAGAAUCCGUCUUCUCCAACAUGUCAGGUAAGAAAGUGCUCAUUGUCUAUGCACACCAAGAACCCAAGUCCUUCAAUGGGUCCAUGAAGCAAGUGGCUGUCGAAGAACUGAGCAAGAGGGUCCAUGAAGCAAGUAUGUCUGAUUUAUACACCAUGAACUUCGAGCCAAGGGCCACAAGAAACGAUGUCACUGGUGCCCUCUCUAAUCCUGAAGUCUUCAAAUAUGGGGUAGAAGCCUAUGAAGCCUACAAGAAGAAAGCUCUGACCAGUGACAUACUUGAAGAGCAGAGAAAGGUGCAAGAAGCUGAUCUAGUGAUAUUUCAGUUUCCACUAUACUGGUUCAGCGUUCCAGCAAUCCUAAAAGGCUGGAUGGAUAGGGUGCUGUGCCAAGGGUUUGCCCUCGAUGUCCCAGGCUUUUAUGACUCUGGUUUUCUCAAGGAUAAACUAGCCCUCCUUUCCUUAACCACGGGAGGUACAGCAGAGAUGUACACAAAAGCUGGGGUCAAUGGAGAUUUCCGGUACUUCCUGUGGCCACUUCAGCAUGGUACAUUGCACUUCUGUGGAUUUAAAGUCCUUGCCCCACAGAUCAGUUUUGGUCCUGAAGUUUCAUCAGAACAAAAAAGAAAAGUGAUGCUGUCAUCAUGGGUCCAGCGGCUGAAGAGCAUCUGGAAGGAAGAACCCAUCCACUGCACACGCUCUUGGUACUUCCAAGGAUAACAUUUUAUGCUCUGGGUACAGCUGACAAGCCACAUAGUGAGAGACCUAAAGCACGGCAAAGAGAAGGUGGUGAUGUAUCCUGAGAUGUAUUUAACAGUGCCCACCAAUGAGUGUCUUCAGUUUCAUUCAACUACAUCAGAUAUUUUGAAAAUAAGCUUGUUGCACUGUAUUAGUUCUGCCCGGAUAUUCACUCAGUUUUCUGUUCUUUAAUGUUCCUCUAAAAUUUCUCUUGCAACUUUUGUAGCAUAAUUUUCUGAACAUGUUUCACUCAGUUUCCUGUUAGAGUAAUCAUCUUCAAAUGACUUCUAUCUGCAGUUUCUUUAUAUUCCUUUCUACUUUAUAUUCCUUUCCAUUCCUUUCCUCCCCUUCAGAAGCAUCUUCAGACCCUUAUUCAUUUAUUAAAAUAUUUAGUGUAU